AUGUGUAAGGUCAUCAGAAUCAAGUACGUGUCGCCGGACGGGCGACGCAGGACGACGGAGCGGAAGGAGCUCUGCUUCCGCAGCGAUGGUACCAACCCAUGCCUUCACCAGGAAGUGUCAGAAAUGACAGAGUUAGUCUCGUCCGGAACGCCGUCGCUUGCCGGCGACGAGGUCCCCACUCCAGCCUCGGUCAGCAUGCCGGGCACGCCGCCUAUGGCGACCGCACACUACGUCUACCGCGAACCCAACGAUGCACGGGAGCCCAGCUCGUCCAAGGGCAGGGCCAGGAAAACCUUUGGGUUGUCUUUGGAUAUAGGCAGCAGGAAGUCGUCAAGCCCGAACAGCCCCAGCAGGAAGCGUAGAUCCUAUCACGGAAGUUCACGGAGCGCGUCCAGCAAUGGCGAUGCAGACUCCAUUAUUGCCAUCGAGGAGGAUGGACACAUCUCGCCCAUCUCGCCUUUGCGACGCAAUCGUUCGCCUUUGGGCUUCCCCCUAUCUAUGCGACGAGUCGUCCAACCACCCGCGAUAGUAAGUCAGCCGCAGCCUCCCCGCUUGCGCCCAUCCACGCCAGCACCUUCUCAUCACCGACGCACCGCGACCGCCCCCGACGCAGCCGUCCGCUUCGAUGACGACUCCCUCGACACAGAGCUGCAGGACCGUGCAGACGCACGUGAGGCCCUGCGCCGCGAAAACCGCGAACGCGCUCGCCGCGAGGACGAAGUGCGCCGGAAGCAAGAGGCUGACGAUCGGAGGAUCGCAGAAGAGCUCGAGGCCAGAGAACGUCGUGAAAAGGCCGAGGAUGAUUUCUCAAUGCUCGAGUACGCGCGACUACAGGAGCGGGACCGCAAGAGGCGAGAACGCGCCGACGCCGCGCUUGCCGAGGAGAAGUCACAUGGUCCUUCUGACGAGAUUGACGAGCUAGAAAAGGAGAUUAGGCAGAUGAAGAUCGAAGAAGAGCAAAAUCGUAAAGCUCGCGAGGAUGCAGAACGCCUCGAACAAAAAGCCGAGUACGAAAAGAAGCUACGCAGUGAGGACGCCAAGAUCGAAAGGCAACUGCAAGAGGAACUAUCCAAGAUCGAGCGGCAGCGCGAAUUUUCGAGCAAGAAACAGCUACUGCAAGUCGAGUCCGAGCUUGCACGGCUGGAGUUUGAGCUUGCCAAGAUCCAGGAGCGACGGCAGGCACGUGAGCGCGCCGAGCAGCUCGAGCAGGAGAUCAAACACAUGGACGUGCUUUCGGAAGAGAUUCGCGAGCUGGAGGAAGAACGGGAGAGAGAUGAGCAGCUCCGACGUAUCGAGCAGCGCCUCUACAACAGAGGCUACGAUAACCAGCGCUACUCUCCGCUUCCGCCGUCGUAUCUGCCUCGUGCAUCCCCAUACCCUGCACCACCUCGACCAUCAGCCACACGACUGCCGCCCACGAAAGAGACGCAAGUUCUGCAACAGAGAACGACAAGUCCUUACGAGGACGAGGAUUACCGACGAGCCGUGGGUGAGCGCGUGUUGCAAGCUGAGCAGGCCAGGGCGGCGAGCAGCAGCCUGCAGCGGGCCAUUGGCGCCGGGCCUGGCUUGGGCAGACGAAACACCAUCGGCGGUCGGGACCGAGACCGCGAACAGGUGUACCGCGAUCUGAGGAAGAGAUAUCCUCAAUGA